GGUUGUUAUUGGUCAGGGUAACGGCCUUUGUCGUUUGCGGGGUUAAGACAUUGGCUUGUGCUGUGAAUCUGGGGACUGGCAAGGUCGUAACGACGUUGGGCGCGUCAGUGAGCGCGCGCCGCGCCGGCCCCGCCGCCGUCCGCCGCCGCCGGCCAUGCUGAGGUACAGCGUCAUCGAGCGGCUGACGCAGACGUCCAGCGUCAUCCAGCAGUACAUGAAACGGCGCUCCGAUGAUGACGCCGGCGCGCGCAAGAUUCGCCUGCUGAGCGUGCACGAGGUGGCCGACGUGCACAAGGAGCCGGGCAUCAUCAGCGGCUACGUGCCGCACGGGUCGCCCUGGGUCUGCGUGCGCGGCCUCUUCCUGGCCACCAACGAGACCAUCAACUUUUGGACGCACUUCCUGCCGUCGCUCUACUUCAUCUGGAAGCUGGCUGAACUACGGCACUCGCUCGACUUCUCCGACUCGUACACCUGGCCCUACAUCUGCUACAUGCUGACCACCUGCGUGUACCCGUUCGUCUCGUGUGUGGCGCACGCCUUCAGCUCCAUGUCCGUCAGGGCGGCCCACGUCGGCUUCUUCAUCGACUACGCUGCCAUCAGCAUCUUCAGCUACGGUGUGGGCGUGUUGUACCGCAGCUACUGCUUUCCGAAGGACCUCCUGGGCACCGUCUAUAGCGACUACUUCAUCCACGUCUGCUUCGUCAACACGAUCGUCUGCACGUUCCUGGCGUGUCGGUCGCGCUUCCUGCAGCGCAGCUUCUGGCAGAAGCGGACGCGGUUGCUGGCGUUCCUGGUGCCCUACGCCUGGGACAAUGUGCCCCUGCUGUACCGGCUGCUGACCUGCGCCGAGACUCGGCCGUGGACGCCGUGUCGGCCUUCGGACGCGCUCCACCUGCGCCAGGUGGCCGCUUCCAUGCUCGGCUCCUUCUUCUACGGCACGCACCUGCCGGAGCGCAUGGCGCCCGGCACGUUCGACAUCAUCGGACACUCGCACAACUUCCUGCACAUCCUCGGCAUCGUGGCCACCAACGAGCAGAUGAACGGCGCCCGGCUGGACAUGGAUGAGGCGCGCGCGCCGCACCACCCGGACGGCGUCGACCUCGACCUUUGGGCCACUUGGGGCGGCCUGCUGGCCGUCGCCAUCAACAUGCUGAUUGUGGCCGUCUCCGUGGUGGCCAUGAGCCGCAAGCUCGGCCGCGAGAAGAACUUCUGAUAACGCCACCUGUUGACAAAACAGGAUAAUUCAGCUUGGGACCGUUUCCGACGUUAACGUCAUCAAUCUUGCGAUGCUUUUGGAUGAAAUGUCUUUGGGUUGCCGAGUGGGUAAGUGAUCAUGAGCGCUGCAUUUGAAAUUAUACCCUCACGUGUUCGUACAGCUCGGAGACGCGUGGCGUCGCAUCGUCGUCGUGUCAACGUAAGUGCCUUAGCGUGCCGCUGCAGGGAAUGGGUUCGUUUGACAUCCGCAACGGUCAGUAUCAGACCAGUUAGUUUGUGUGCAGCAUGUUGUUCAGUCCUUACCGUACAUAGGCCGUGCGAUGAGUGACAGGUAGUCUGGUAACAGGGUAACGAUUGAUUUUUUAAGGAAUUAAUUUUUGAAACCCUUUUCAAAUAAUUUUGACUCCCUUUCAUGUAUUUGCAUUUCUCUUCCACUUUGUGGUGACUGCUUUCUCCACAAACAGUGAUGUGUUGGAGAGAAUGUAGUUCAUAGACCAUCACAUGCAACAAGCCGUGAUAUAAUCUGAGUGAUCAGGCAACUUAUAGCUACCCAUUGCGCAAUAUUGCAUGACUAGAAGCAGAUUAGAAGAUUAGCAGUUGUUUGGUAUCACAUGAUUGUAAGCAAGCUGAUAAUGUCUACGUAUUUGACGAUGGAGUGCUGGUGAAGAACACGUCGUUGGUGUUCGCAGUCACGGUAGUGCUACACGACGAAAGAUUGUUUUUAGAUGAACAGCCAUCGCUGUUUCAACCAAGCCUUUGCCACGCUCUUACCGUUCUCGCAUAUCAUUUUGUGUUGCCGCCUGUGGGUGCUACUGCCGUUUGUUUUUCCGCUGUGGGGCGCAGCUAGCCUGUGGCAGCCAGAAAUCUUGAACGCAGCGUGAGCCUGCGUUCCUCCGAGCAGGGAAUCGGUCGUUAUCUCUACGUUACCGGGUGAUAUUGCGGCGGUGACCUUGGCCGAAGCGUGACGCGGUGGUGUGAGCGCGGGCGGGCGCCACGGGGUGACGGCGGUGCGGUGGCCCGCCCUGGG